AUGGUUUGGUUAAUGCUCAGCAAGGAAAGAUUACAUGGUGUCGGAAAGAAGUUAAAGCCAAUUCGAUAUGGGCCAUUCAAGAUCUUCAAAAAGAUUGGAGAUAAUGCAUUUCAACUUGAGCUACCACCUUACAUGCAGAUGUAUUCAGUAAUAAAUGCUGAGUAUUUGAAACCCUUCGAACCAUCAUUAUUGGAUGAUGACGAAGAUGUUAAGGAUUCUCGACUUCCUCCGCUAGACGAUUUGUGGUUUGAGAGGGAAGACCCUAUGACGGCAGACUGCAUUCUCGAAAAGAAAAUCACUACGACUCGCCAUGGUCAGAUAGAAUCCUACCGCAUUAGAAGGAAAUGUCAAUUUCCAAGCAAGUCAAAGUGGUUUCGCAAGGAAAAAGGAAUUCAAGAAUUCCCUCAUUUGCAGUUUUAG